UAAUCGGAAAGCACCAUGGCUGUAGAAGGAGGAGCAAAAUGUGUCAAAUACCUUCUUUUCUUUAACUUCAUCUUCUGGCUGUGUGGCCUGGCCUUAAUAGUUCUGGGGAUAUUGGUUCAAACUGCUAUUCGCAACACGGCCAUCAUCAAAGCAUACACUGGCUCUCCUCUAGUGGUGAUAAUAGUGGGAGUCAUCAUCUUCUUCAUCGCAUUCUUUGGCUGCUGUGGCGCCUGGAAGGAGAAUCAGUGCAUGGUCACCAUGUUUGCUGUUCUUCUCUCCCUCAUCAUCAUCACUGAAAUUGGAGCCGCCAUCACUGGAUAUAUCUACCGUGAGAAAGUGUCUGAUCUGCUGAAUGAACGCUUUAAGGUCAUGAUCGCAGGAUACAACAAAACAGAAGAAGACCGUACAGCCCUCGAUUCUCUCCAGAAGGAGCUCAAGUGCUGUGGCGCAAACUCCUCUAAAGAUUGGGAGAACUUCAGCCCCACUCACAAUUCCGUCCCAGACUCCUGCUGUAAAAAUGUCACUAAGGGCUGUGGUACUGGAACUAUGGAAGAUCCCAAAGUAAUCUACACAGAUGGAUGUCAACCCGCUAUGGAGAAAUAUUUAAAAGACCGUAUUUUGUGGGUUGCUGUGGGAGCUCUGGUCAUUGCGUUUGUGCAGAUCACGGGCAUUGUGUUGGCCUGCAUUCUGUCGCGAGCCAUCCGCAGCGGCUAUGAGGUCAUGUGAUCACAUCCAGUCACAGCAUAUCACUUAAAGCUCUUAGAGACUGUUCAGGUGUUUUUUUUUUUUUUUUAAACCAUUAUAUAAAUGCUAAUUAUUUUCCCCCUUGCUGUGUAAGUUGGCAAUACUCAUUUUCACUGAGAAUGAAAUAAUUAUGAUAUCUGUUUCUAUGACCAAUCCAGUAGAUUAGUCUACUGUUAAGUCUCUGAUUUAUGCUUAAAUAGUCUGUCUUUAGACAUGGUUUUAAAUUUGUCCUUUACUGCUUUGUUGACAUUUCUUUGGGUUACAGAACAACAAUCAAUGAAUUACAGAUAUGACAAAUUUUAUACAUUUAAAGAACAUUCAUGUCAAAUAAAAGAAUGUUCUAAACAA